AGCUUGGUAAUCCAGUCUGAUCGCUCAACAGCCGUCUGGCAAACAGGGAAACAGGACUAGAAAGCAAGAUAUCGACACAAACAAACCCUCUCACCCAACUUAACACUGACAAAAUGAAAGCAAUAAGCCCCGUGAGGUCUUUCCGGAAAAACAACGCGAAUUUAUCAGAGCACUCCUUGGGAAUCUCUCGGAGCAAGACCCCCGUGGACGACCCGCUCAGCCUGCUGUACAACAUGAACGACUGCUACUCCAAGCUGAAGGAGCUGGUGCCCAGCAUCCCCCAGAACAAGAACGUCAGCAAGAUGGAAAUCCUGCAGCAUGUCAUCGACUACAUCUUGGACCUGCAGAUUGCGCUGGACUCCAAUGUCGCACUUAGCCUGCAUCACCCACGGCCGGGGCAGGCUCCCUCCAGGACCCCACUGACCACUCUCAACACAGAUAUCAGCAUCUUGUCCUUACAGUCUCCGGAGUUGCCAUCAGAGCUGAUGACAGAUGACAGCAGGACUCUGCAUCGUUAAAGCGGUGUUUGGUCAAGACGCAAAAACACACAGGACCUGGGGAACAGGACUUUCCCCCUCCACCUCUGUCCUCCAGGGCCUGGAUUUUUCUUUCUUCUGACAUUGAAUCAAGAGACUAAUCAAGAGACUUUGCUUAUUAUGGGACAAUCUUAUGUGAUGUGUUUUCUGUUUGGACACUCAUUAUUUAACUUAAGACUUAUUUGUGGGUCCUUUCUGGAAAUGGAAGGCGCGUUAUAUUCCCAGCAGUGGGAGGAAAAAACGAGAUUAUUGUCACAAGGAUUAUCCCCCCUCCCUUUCCCCCCUUGUUGAAGUCUUCGCUUUUUUUGCGGAGGUGGGAACGUGAAUAGAAAAGACAACUUGGUUAGUUACUGUAAAAAGUUUAGUCUUGUCUUGUCAGAAUUGUUGGCACAUGAAGGACUGGACGUUGUUUAUAUAAAAGAGAAAAAAAGUGAAGUGAAAGAAUGAAACCUUGUGAACUCUUAUCGGGAGUUUUAUCUUGUAUAGUUGCAGGAAUUUGAAACUUCUGCAAAAGUGUAAUGCUGUACUUAAUUAUGCUGAAACUUUUUAUAAAAGUAAUGUAAAUUGUACCUUUUUUAUACAAAAAUAAAUCAAAAACGCUA